UAGAGGCGGGGGGGUGGGGGGCAGGCUGCUCUGUGUGCGAUUGUGUGGGGUGUCCUGGGGCAGCCCCGGAGCGGCUGACCCUCUGCCUUCGGGGACGGGAGCCGCGAGGUGGCCGCCAUGGCGGUGUCGGAGAGCCAGCUCAAGAAAAUGGUGUCCAAGCUCGAUGAGUAACUACUGGUUGAAUUGGCUCGAUUAUAAGUAAAAAAGCCUUGAGAAGCCAAAACAUCAGCACCUCACUACCGCAGUCGACUGCUUCUGUAUAAGAAACACUAAAAGCUGAUUGAAAGCUUUGUGUUCAUGGAUGGAGCUUAUCAGCUGUACAAAUACAGAGACCUAACUGUACGUGAAACUGUCAAUGUCAUUACGUUAUACAAAGAUCUCAAACCUGUAUUGGAUUCAUAUGUUUUUAAUGAUGGUAGUUCCAGGGAACUAAUGAACCUCACUGGAACAGUUCCUGUGCUUUAUAGAGGUAAUACAUAUAAUAUUCCAAUAUGCCUUUGGCUGCUGGACACCUACCCAUAUAAUCCUCCUAUCUGUUUUGUUAAACCUACUAGUUCAAUGACUAUUAAAACAGGAAAGCAUGUUGAUGCAAAUGGGAAGAUAUACCUUCCUUAUCUACAUGAAUGGAAACAUCCACAGUCAGACUUGUUGGGGCUUAUUCAGGUUAUGAUUGUGGUGUUUGGAGAUGAACCGCCAGUCUUCUCUCGUCCUACUGUGUCAGCAUCCUAUCCACCAUACCAGGCAACAGGGCCACCAAAUACUUCCUACAUGCCAGGCAUGCCCAGUGGAAUCUCUCCAUUCCCAUCCGGAUAUCCCCCCAAUCCCAGUGGUUACCCAGGCUGUCCUUACCCACCUGGUGGUCAGUAUCCUACCACAACAAGUUCCCAGUACCCUUCCCAGCCUCCUGUGACCACUGUUGGUCCCAGUAGGGAUGGCACAAUCAGUGAGGACACCAUCCGAGCUUCUCUCAUCUCAGCGGUCAGUGACAAACUAAGAUGGCGGAUGAAGGAGGAAAUGGAUCGCGCCCAGGCAGAGCUCAAUGCCUUGAAACGAACAGAGGAAGACCUGAAAAAAGGUCACCAGAAACUGGAAGAGAUGGUUACCCGUUUAGAUCAAGAAGUAGCUGAAGUUGAUAAAAACAUAGAACUUUUGAGAAAGAAGGAUGAAGAACUCAGUUCUGCUCUGGAGAAAAUGGAAAAUCAGUCUGAAAACAAUGAUAUUGAUGAAGUUAUCAUUCCUACAGCCCCACUAUACAAACAGAUCCUAAAUCUGUACGCAGAGGAAAAUGCUAUCGAAGACACUAUCUUUUACCUGGGAGAAGCCUUGAGGCGGGGAGUAAUAGACCUAGAUGUCUUCCUAAAGCAUGUACGCCUUCUGUCCCGUAAACAGUUCCAGCUGAGGGCACUCAUGCAAAAAGCAAGAAAGACUGCCGGUCUCAGUGACCUCUACUGACUUCUCUGGUACCAGCCGGGGAUCGGACUCUUCCUAAAGCAUCCUUCUCUUCUUUUCUCUGAUCAGUAGGUGCCCAGAAUAAGUUAUUGCAGUUUAUCAUUCAAGUGUAAAAUAUUUUGAAUCAAUAAUAUAUUUUCUGUUUUCUUUUGGUAAAGACUGGCUUUUAUUAAUGCACUUUCUAUCCUCUGUAAACUUUUUUGUGCUGAAUGUUGGGACUGACUAUGCUAAAUAAAAUUUGUUGCAUAA